AUGUGGGACCUCGGCGAUGAACUAUUACAGCAAGCUCCGGCGAAUGACCUCGAGGAUGUUUCCACACCUUGUACCGGUAAUGCCAUGUCUCUCUCAUCUAAAGGACAUUAUAUUGACAAGGCAUGGGGCAAGGACCGAUACCGAGAGCUCAUGAGAGUCGCCCGACAGUGGAGGCAGUUGAAGACGAUGAAAUGGCAUGGCUUCGGCCAUUGUUCCGACAGCCCGAAUGCAGGAGAUCUCGCAUUAUUUUGCCCGGCAUGUCCUCAGCCUGGGAUUAAUGUGUCCUUCUCAGGGGAUGAAUCACUUGAUGAGUGGAAAUACACCCGGUCAUUUGUUAUGGAUGGAAAUUUCAAAGCUGAACACCUGCAUCCCAUGAAGCCAUUUGAUGAAGUUUGGCUGUCAGAUGGGUUGGGAUUCAUGGUGGGAAAGGACAGGGCCCGGCACAACAUGGAAGGCAUCACCAGGGCGGUCACCUUCUAUGAUAUCAACUGUCAAUACAACAAGCACUUUCGGGUUCGGGUGGAUCGAAGCCGAUUUCUCGAAAUGGUUCCGGAAUUGACCAUCAUUCCCGGAAUCGGGUUGUGGCACAUCCACGGACAUCAGGACAGCUGCUAUGUCCGAUAUGCGUCGAAUUUUAUCGAAGGCAUCGGUCGGAUUGAUGGAGAGAUCAUGGAGACCCUAUGGUCACGUCUCAACCUGAUUUCCCCUGCUGCUCGGGGAAUGUCAUCCCCGCAUCGAAAGGAAUGUCUCGAUUAUCAGAUGAAUGAUUCCAAUUUCUGCAAGAUGAUCCGCAUGAAAAGGACCCUUUGCCGAAAAUACAAGCAGGCGAAGAAUGGCAUUGCCGAAAGUGAAAAGGCUUUCGACAUACUCAAUGAAGCAGCACCCGGCGAUUCAAAGACAGAGUGGCUAGCCAGCGAGAGGAUCGCUCAGUCCAGCAGAAUAAAUAAUCCUGCGGCUAUGGAUGUAUAUGAGAUUAAUAUCAAGAAGGCACCGAGCAAAAAGGAGAUCGAGCUUAGGCUACUAGAGGAGGGUAAUGCCCGAAAUGCAGCACCUGCUCGCAGGUCUGUGGCGACAUGGAUAUCAAUGGGGUUGGCGAUUGAAGAGGCUCAAAUCGCAUUGCUCAUCGAGGUCCGAAGAAUUGGUAGAAGAACUACCGAGACACAGAAGUUAGACAUCGCCCGGCAACGCGAUCGUCUCCAAGGCCAGAUAGAUGGAUUCACUCGGUCUGCUAUUACGCAUCUCGGAGAGGGAUUUGAUGCAGAUGAUGAUCCUGAAGACUUGUACUUGGACAUUCUUGAUGAUCUCGAUGAUGACUUGGCAGACUUCACCGAGACAUCUGACACAUGGGCAAACUCCCCUGAGCUCACUGUAAUCCCAUUGCCAUCAAACCUCGGGGUAGAUCGAUGCAGACGCUGUAUGGCAGACGAUCUCAUUCCGCUGGAGAUGUCUCUUCGUGAAGGGCAGGCCAAUGACUCCCUUCACAACCUCCGAAUUCACUUGUGCAACAAGGCGAUUCUGUUUCGAACAACAGUUAGGCAAGCCAAAUCCCAGGCCCUGAAAACUCGAGCUUGGUCCCAGCAAAUGAUGCAACUGGAGCCAGGGCAAGACCAGGUUCAGAAAUACAAACCCCUGCUUCGAGAGCAACUCAAAAUCAGCACUGCCGUCGGCGAUCCAAAUGCCCGAGGUCAGCGAAACGAGUCCCUCGCUUGGUUCUGGUCAGUCGAAGUCGACCUUGGGGGUCCCGAUCACUCGUGGAAUGAGGAAUUUUACCGAGUUCAUUGGCUCCGGGCAAAGGCACUACGGGAUCGAUGGAAGGAAGAAAUGAUGUUGGUCCAAUUGGAGAUGGAUUGGACAUGUAACUUUUUCUUGUGGAAAGCAACCCAAUGGGGUGACAGGAUGCGCGAAUCAUUGGUGAAACACCUUCCGGGUCAUGCAUGCUACUCGGGAAGGCAAUCCCAAAUGUAUUCAUUGCUGGCACAGGAUGCCCAGGCAGCAUUUCAAGACCUGAAGACCGGGUUUAUAGAUGCUCGAGAUGAAUGA